GCUACGAAAAGCCAGGAGAUGCUGCUGAAUUCGAAUGCGAGUGACGGAUUUGACUUUCGCGUUGGAUCUAUGGCAGUUUCAUUCUAAGCGGUGGGACAGGAUUUUGUUGACAUCUAGCGCGGCAGUUGCUGAAAAAUUUUUACGAUUUUGUAUCGUCCCCCGUUCAGACAGGUGUGGUGGUUCGAACUGGUUUCGCCGCUACUUGUUCGCGCUCUCACCGGUAAUUGGAAUCUGCAGAUUGACGCUUGUUGAGGCAGGAUCGGGAGGCGAGGGAUUCUCUCCUGUUUUUGUGUGUGACGGUUUAAACAUUGCCGUCGCUCCUCUACGGCUUAACUGGUAGAAAUUGGUCGGCAGCGAGUCUUUUGUGAGUCCGCGGAUUGUCCCAGGGUUCGGUUGCGGCCGCGGUUGAUGGUUUUUAUGGCGAAUCAGUAACGGGUUUGAAAUAAAUGUGGCCGCUGGUGGUAUGGCAAUGCUUGACGUCUUGCGACAGAUUCGCGUCGCCUAGCGCUCGAUGGUGCUCCCUCACGUCCUGGAUCUGGCUCAGUAUUUUUCUCAGGUAUGUUACUAACGUCUUCUUCGUGACCGAGCAGCAUCUUGUACAAGAUAGAGAUGCAUUGGUGUAGCUUACAGUAUCAUGAGUGCAGGAUGAUGUCUUUCAAGAAUUUGUUUAACUUACUUUCAGCGAGUAUCAUACUGUAUGUCGAGGUUGUUUGUCUUCAUCCAAUACAAGCGUUGGAGAGGUUUGUGUUUGACUUGGUUAAUUACCUGUCACGAAGUUUCAUUUUUUUAAUUAGGAACCGGAUAGCCGCUUCAGUACGCGGGCAGUGACAGGGUCUCUGUCUCUCAUUGAAUUUAAGCGAACCGCUAAGAACUUGUAAUCAAUUUCUUCGUGUUUCACUUAUUUCCUCUCCAUCCUCAGAUUGUGAAUCGUACAUUGUCACCAUCUUGUAUCUGGUGGAGAAAUUCUGAAGUCAUUGACCGUUCAUCUAAAAUUUGAACCGCCUCUUCUAAAAGGAUCGAGUACUUAUGAGUGUGGAGAAUUCCUAUGAACAUUCACUGACAGAAAUUGUUCCUAGGGACAUUUCUAGGAACAUUGAAUGAUAGACCCCGGAUUUUUUAAUUUUGCCGAUGGAGUCUUCAGGAUUCCAUGGAGCUGCCCUCGGUAACUUUUUUUUUGAGAAGAUGGAGUUUUUGUGGUGGUCACUGCAUGGAGUGCAGAAAUAUGUGAGAGGAUCUUCAUUCUCAGGUCUAGGCUUGCUUUUCAGUGAAUUGAAUACUGGGAGACCAUUACAAUAUCAGUACUGGGAUUUCCGCAGAUUCUGACAUUCGAACAUGCUUGCCGGUUUGAUUUUCGAUUGCUGUCGCCAUUCACGCUGAUCAUGUUCCCUGACGAAAUUCAGGAAGUGAGUGCGCAAUAAUCCCAAAGCAGUGUCAGCUUGUACGGACGCAACGGGCGCUUCCGAAAGUGUCAAUCGGAUGUUUUGGUCAGGUCUCCGUAAAGCUAGUCGAGUUAAGUUAGCUUUUUCAAUAUUACCGCAGCAGGAAUUGCGAAUACAAUUAGCAUGGAUCCUGCAAUUGUCACGUACCCUCUGAGUGAUGCUACUUCACUCUAUAUCUUUCUCUCAUGUGGCUGAUUUAGUGAUGUAUACCAAGAGCCGACGUCUGGUGUGGUUGAGUUACAUGGGACAGUGUCCAUCAGAACAUACAUCAUUCACGAGGAGCCCACAAUCUACCAAGCAAUGGAAGUCGCAUAUCCUACGAUAGUGACGACAAAAGUGCCAGAGAUGGCUCUAUCUGCGAUUCUGGCAUGCAUCAUGUGCGGCUGUCCACCAUCAUAUGAGUGUUUCGGCAACAUUGAUAGAACGGACGAGACUGGUAGUAGCUUCAUCAAGCCCUCCGUCAUCGAUAUCGACUCAAGCAUGGCAAACUCCUAACAUAGCUAAUGGCAGCCCGCUUUCAUGGGCUUCAACAAGCCUGUCGAAUUCUCAUAUGAAGAGCUGCUCGCCCCCAACUAUCACUUCAGUGACGAUAUCUGGACGGGUUCUUUGUGAUGAUCAAACAGAAUUAAAGGAGACGUAACAUAUGAGCUUAAGAUUCUCUCCCAGACCCUGAUGGUCAAUGUGGAGCUUCCUUGCGAAGGCAGCUUUGUAUGGCUUCCGUGUGCCGGACGUGAUAGUCGAAGCCCUACUGUGACUGAGCACAUCUUUGGCACGCAGAGGUACAUUACUCUCAAGCACGGGUGGGUCACGACCAAGCCUCAUGUGCCCUCUUUUUGGGGGUGGUGCUGCUAGAGAUUUGGUCUGGCCGGGAGGCUAUGGUUAGGGGUGAAUGUACGCGAAAAGUCACUCCACUUUCGCUCUGCCUGCGACAAUCUUCGACAUGGUCAGUGGCGACGAUUAGAUGUCGAAGUUGCAUCAUUGGAAUGGGUGCUCGUCGCAGAUCAGUGCCUAUCCUCGUGACACCAGCCAUCACUUCGGCCAGCUCGGCCAAAGUAAGCUACCUGACAUUGAGGACUACAGCACCGAGUUAAGGAAGUUUCAGGCAUUUCUGUGGUGAGAUUCCUCCUCGAGGCACCAAAGUGCCCUCAUCGAAGCUCGGUGAUCAGUGAUAACGAGUAUACAUCUUGGCGUUCACUGGAAGAAUGCCGAGUGAUCAGUUAUUCUGUCGUGAUCGUUUUAGGAAAGAACUCUGUACCUUCGCUCCUUGGGAAGUGUGUCGAAAUUUUUGUAAUGACGCCGUGCUCGUUUCUCUCCUUCGAGGCACUGUAGAACAGGUGCGUAACUAUUCGCAGAAGUGGCCAUUGAUUGAAGAAAUUUCUGCUCAUAAUUGGGAAUCUUCCUAUCUCCAAGAUGCUGCCUCAUUUGUCUCGCCUACAAUCAAGCUGUAGGGAUAAGAAAGUAAAAGACUCCGCGAAACUAGCGCGUGCCCACCACGUAGGACCACCCAAAUACUUCGAAUUACUGUACGUCUGAGCACCAACGCAUGAAAGGGAUGUUCAUGUACUUUUAUGAAAGUACUCGUCACUCGCAUAAAUUGCAUGAGCAUUAUCGUCUUCUUUUUGUUUGUAAACUGGUUUUUCACUGCGGCUAUUUGUUGCUGCGCUGCUUCGUGCGUGAAAUUUCUUGCAACGAAAACUCCGUGUGAGGCCCAGCACCAGUUGCGUCGUGGCUACCCGGACGGAAAGAUGCAGCAGGUCUAAUAGAUGCGUCGUCACCAUGAAAUGCGGUACAUUCGGCAGAUUGUUCGCAGCCUGUUUAGGUAUUGAAUGAUAGUGGCCUUUCUGUUGGGCAGCCUCCAAAUUGGACGCGAACAGACCAAUUAUGGCACAUAUUCCAAUCUAGUCUUGUUCAUGUUCAUAUUCUAUAAAUAGCACUAAAACCGCCAUGCCCUGGCAUGACGAUCUCACGUACUUAGGGUUGUGUCUCGGGAGACGAGCAGCGGUGACACUCAGUUUUUGCUGUUUUCGGGUAAUCUAGCCAUCCGGUGCACGUGUUGUGCUCCACGGUGUGUUGGCAAACUAUGAACACAUUCACAACGGAGAAUCCCAAUGCAACCACAUUAUGUCGAAGACGGCUGGACGAUGGAGAUUUUGCCACAGUUACUCGAUUGACUUCGGUGUUUUUGCUGCUGCAAGCGAUUCCCUGGUGAACGCUGACGGUUAUGCGCUGCCUAUUCUAAACUUGGGAGAGCGUAUGGAGGGAUCCCCUGGAUGGAGCAUCUGUGCCAUGAAGUUCACGAUAAUGCGUCAGAUUCUACGGGGAAAAAACUGACAAAUUUUUAUAUUUGGUAGACUUGGAUACGCAGGUUGUAUAUUUCUGAAUGCAAUGGUUGCAUCCCUGACGUGAAGGAGCAUCCCCUCUGCGACAGGUUGAAGCAGGUAGAGAGAGUAAGACGAAGAGUUCUGUGGGCGCCCACCAAAAAGAUUGGCGUACAACUCGUUCUGGGUCCACCUUUGCGUGGAAACGUGGAGACACUGGGAUUCAUUGCUUACGCAAGUGUCGGCGUCUCCAUGGCCUAUGUAUCCCUGCACUUGUUAACACGUCAUGAUCAUUUAUCUCAGAAUUUGAGCCCCCCUCCACAUUUCAAUCCUUUUUUCUUCCGCUACUCACCUGAUGCUCUGAGCCCCUUCAAGGCUUCACUCCCAGAGCAAUCAAACAUGGCCGAUUUCGAAGGCGAGGAGAAAGUACUGGCACAGGACGUAGAGUUGAAAGAAGAUAUCUUGAAGGAAGAAAUGCCAGUAGAAGACGGAUUGUCAAUUGGGAAAAUGGAACAUGGAUGCAAGCAUUACAGGAGGAGAUGCCGAAUCCGAGCUCCAUGCUGCAAUGAGGUCUUCGAUUGCCGUCACUGUCACAAUGAGGCAAAGAACUUCUACGAGGUUGACGAAUCAAGGCGCCAUGAUAUUCCAAGGCACCGCGUUGAGAAGGUUAUUUGCUCGCUUUGUAAUCAUGAGCAAGAUGUGAAGCAGGUGUGCGAAAACUGUGGUGUUUGCAUGGGUGCUUACUUCUGCGACAAGUGCAAGUUCUUUGAUGAUGAGACAAAGAAGGAGCAGUACCACUGUGAUAAAUGCGGCAUAUGCAGAAUUGGUGGUCGCGACAACUUCUUCCAUUGUGAUCGUUGUGGCUCGUGUUAUAAAAAUUCUCUUCGGAACGUACAUCCUUGUGUCGAGAAUGCCAUGCACCAGAAUUGCCCCAUAUGUGUGGAGUACCUGUUCGAUUCUGUAAUGGAUAUCUCCGUAUUGCCAUGCGGUCACACCAUGCAUCAAUUUUGUCUCAAACAGAUGAAUCAACACUCUCAAUAUAGUUGCCCUAUAUGUUCAAAGUCUACCACAGACAUGUCUAGGUUUUGGGCUCGACUGGACCUGGAAAUAGCCUUAACUCCCAUGCCUGAAGAAUACCGCAACAAGAAGGUGUGGAUACUGUGCAAUGACUGCGGAACAACUUGUGAUGUUUAUUACCACGUAUUAGGACAUAAAUGCGCAGGAUGCGGAUCAUACAAUACACGGUCGGCAUCUCCACCCUCGUCCUCUAGACGUGUUGACAGGACCUUAUCCUUAGUUGGAUCAUUGUCAGAUCAAAUGGGAAACUUAACCACUGUAGCAGAAAUUUCAGCAGAGUAGAUCAGUGCUUCUUCUCACUUGUGGAUAGGUACGAAUUAGUCUGUUAGCCCGUGGAGAUUCAUGAGGACCGGUAGUAACCAAAAGUGGCACAAUCAUUGUUUUCUCUCCUGGUUUUAGGAUCCUGGACAUUACGCAGUACAGUUUACGAGUAGGGACGGGACAACUCAGGAGAGUCCAUUUAUUUAUCAGCAAACCAGAUAAAAUCGAAGCAUACAUUAGGGUAUAAGUUUGGAGUGAAAUGAGCAGACCAGGACUACGAUACAGAAUGGUGGAUAUGUCAGAAUGUUUCCACUGAUGUUCAGGUACUAGGCCCUAGGAAAGCAUGCCUGGAGUUUCUAGUCUGCUCAAGGGAAGGCUAGGGAUCUGUGCUGAAUCUGUACCAGUUCUUAUGUACAAUACAUGAAACUUUCUUA